AUGGCGCCAGCCCAUCCCACUCUCUUCUUCGGCACCGCCAUCUUCGGCUCUGCGCAGGCCCCCUCACUGACCUCGCCAGAAGCAGUCUCCGACUUGCUCAACGGUGUGCAUACUCUAGGCAUCACCCAGCUCGACACAGCCGCGCGCUAUCCACCAGACAACACCGGCGCUUCCGAGCGACUACUCGGUGCAGCCCAAGCUGGCGCGGUUAGCAGCGGCUUCACCAUCAACACCAAAGUGCUCCUCGCCGGCAGUAGUUCGGAUGGCACUCUUAGCAAGGAUGCGGUGCGUGCCAGCGUCACUAAUAGUCUGAAAACGCUCGGUAUAGAGAAGGUUGGCAUCCUGUAUGCUCAUGCGCCUGACAAUGUGACGCCGCUGGAGGAGCAAGCAGAAGCAUUUAACGAACAGUACCAGAAGGGGUAUUGUGAGGCUAUCGGCAUCUCCAACUUCCCUCUGGACAUGCUCGAGAGAUACCUCGCCAUCUGCGAGGAAAAAGACUACAUCAAGCCCUCUGUCUACCAAGGUGAAUAUAAUCUCAUAUCCCGCGACCUCGAAGCAGCCCUAAUCCCACUUCUACGUAAACACAACAUUAAAUUCGUCGCCUACUCGCCACUCGGAGGAGGCUUCCUAAGUGGCAAGCUCACCGCCGGCAAUGCAGAGGGGACUCGUCUGACAAGUCCAUUAGCACAACGGUUCAGACAGAUUUAUGAUCACCCCGAAUUUCACGAUAAGAUCCGACGGUUGCAGGAGAUUAUUCAGCCGCUUGGGAUUAGUCCUACGGGUGCUGCGUUGCGUUGGUUGGCAUUUCAUUCCUUGCUACGAGAGGAAGAUGGUAUUAUUCUUGGGGCGAGGAGGAUCGAGCAGGUGAGGGAGAAUGUCAAGGAGAUUGCCUUGGGUCCGCUGCCUGCGAGCGUUGCGCAGUUGAUUACGGCUCUGAACGAAUGA